CUCAAUUCAUUCUCGCGUGGAGUUUCGAGCGCUUCUCAUCGGGUUUGUUACGUUCAUACAGUGUGUGAGGUGUUGUUCGUGUGUUCCGUGAAUUUCAGCCCCUUUGCAUCCGCCGACUUGCAAAUUAAAUCCCUGUCAGUGCUUAAGGAGAGAGAAAAUCCCGGAUUUUUUCAUUCUGGGUGAAAUAUAACCACCCCCUCGGCAAUUUGUGCGUGUGAGUGUUUUUUUUCCCGCCUCCGGAUUUGGCGGUGAGUGGAUUUGUGAAAGGAAAAUUUUUGUGUUGCAAACUGAUAACACUUUCAAAGGAUUAACGGCGGAUAUUUUCUCCAAAUAAGGAAGAAAUAUUCAUAUAAGAAAUCAACUUCGGUAUAGCAUCGACUGAAGCGCAUAAAUUAUGGCACAUGUCCGACGUCGUUUGGGCUCUGUUGGCGACAGUGCCCCACCCAGUGACUCCUCCGAGGGCUCAGAGAUCUGCGAAGCUGCUCAGGAUUGGAGUAUUGAUCCCGUUUCCGGGGAAAAUCAAACAAAUUUAGCACUGAGGCGCGUCAAUGGGCUCUUCAUACAUGCCGACUCCAACAAUGAUGAUUCCAUUGGGUCAGACAACAGUGGUAUUCUGGGAGAUAGUGAGAAGGCACAAGUUGAGAGCUUCUUCAGUGGAUUAGGAACAGAAAUUUUCGUGAGUUCGUCCCUGGCGAAUUUGUACGAGAACGUUGGCAAGGAUGAGUGGCGGCUGAUUUACACGGGAGUCCCGGUGUUGCUGCAUGACAAAGGAUCCGCCAAGUCGAGGAAUACCCCCCGCGUAACAUUCACCCUCACAGAGCGUGGCUCAUGUUUCGCAUUGUGGAGCGACAGGAUCGACAAUCUGUCCAGCUACAAAGUGGCCGGUCCGGCAUUUCACACCAUGUGUCUCUCGACUGAUCAUCGAAAAAUCAUUGGAUUCAGCUUCGACUCUAGUCAGGCAGCCCGUGAGCUGUGGCUGUGCAUUGAGAAGUUGAUCAGUGACCCGGAAAAUAUUGCCCUUAGCACACCGGGAAGAAAGCGAAAGCCACCGAAGAAGGUGAAAGCCAUUCAGCUACCACCAAAAUCCCAAAUCUCCAAUCCAUGUCAAUUCCAUCACAUCACGAGUGUCACACCCGAGGAUGCACCGCGCUAUUUUAGUCUUCAGGCAUUUGUGGCAAAGCCCCAGAAGACGCAGAGGGAUCACUAAAUCCCCACAGCGACAUGUGGAUAAGCCCCGUAAAAUCCCGUUGAGUUUUUUCUUACUUUUACAACAUAAGUUUAUACCACGAAGAUUGUUUAUUAAUAUUGAUCAUCCUACUAGCAAUAGGAUAUUUUACUACAUACAAGCAUUAUUUUGUAAGAAUUUAGGAGAUGAAAGUUAUAGGAUUAAGUUUUAAGGAUGCACCGUUGAACUGAAAUUUAAAUCUCAAUCUCUCAAUUCUGCUCAAAAAAUUUAAUUUUUAUCUUAAAAAAACCGAUUCAACAAAUUAAAAAUUUUUUAAAAAACUUUUUUGAGUUUUUUUUUAAUGAGUACUGCGCAUUCUUUUUCAGUUUUAGCUUUAAAAAACUCGAUUAAAAUGCAAAAUCCAUAUUUCAAAAUUAUAUUAUUAUCCUAUUUUGAAUAUAAUUUAUGAUAUAAACCAAUCUAGCUAGAGCAUCCUUGUGUAGAGAGAAUGAAGAUCAAUAAAGGAGUUUAUUCAUUUUUUGAUGCUUUCAUUGCGUAAUAAAAUAUUCAAGAAAAUUUUUAAUAAAAAAAAAUUUUAAGAGUGAUAUGACUUAGAAACAAAUUUGCAAAAUAGAAAUGAAUAAACCACGCCUCCAAUGAAUCUAAUUUUAAUAAUCUUUGUGCGUAAAGCACAUACGCAUAUGCUUCAACUACUCUUUUCACCUUUUAUCAAGUCAGCAUAGAUGUUGAAAAUGAAUCCAGUCAUUAAGAAAAUCAAGAAUAUUUGAAAUUAAAACGAAAAAGAAAAGAUUUUCUAUUGAUAGAGCACUGAUGCAUAUGCUUCAAACGAUUUUUUCUUUUGAUUUGCAAAAAAAUGUUUCAAGCGAUUAUUUCUUGUAUUUUUUUUGUCAAUCCCGUACUGAUGCAUUCGCUUCUUGAUUCUUCUUAUUAUGUUUUUAAUGAGCAAUCAUUAUUGGAUUAAGAAGCAUAACAUUAAAUAACUUUUGUUGAUAAUAUUUCAAAUUUAUGCGACCAUUUUAGGGCGGCUUAUGCGCUAAAAUAGUUACGAUCGUUUUGUCUUUUAUUUCUUCUAAUCACUGAAGUUUCGAUCCAAAAGGGAUCUUUUUCAGGAAAUUCUAUUGUUACGGGCGAAGCUUAUGCUCUUUAGACUUUUUUCCAAAAAAAAAUAUCUUUUUUAUCCUAGAAGAGAAAAUAUUUUGAUUAUCAUUUAAAUGAUUUAGAAUCAUCUAAAUAUUUUCUUUAGUUUUUACUUUCCAUGGAAAUACGAAAAGAGCUCCAAAAUGAAUAAACUCCUUUUUGAAAUAUGAGGAAUGGAGCAUUCAGAAUAUAAUUACGUGGUAUAAAUCCAAUAUUUGCCAACUACUUUUUGCAACUUUAUCUCUAUACUUUUAAUGAAGUUUAAAAUAUUUUAUUAUGCGAAAAACCUAAAAGCUUUUCUUGUAUGAGAAAAAAAAAUUCAAUACUUACCACAGAAGAUAGUUUUCCUGCUGCUGGCAAUUACCUUGUGGCCAUUACCAAGAGAAGGAUUUAAGAACCAUGCAGAAGAAGAAGAACGCUGCAGUACACAAUUACACAGAGAGAGAUUUAUUCAUUUUCUUCCCAUUCCGCAUGAGGUAGAACCCCUCUUAGAACUAUUCGGACUUAAUUGCCCAAUAAUCCGUGUAAAUAAAGUGAUAAAGUGGUUGGGAUGGAAAACAUUAAGUUUUGCAGAGUGUCUUCCUGAGAUUGAGGUUUAAAUCCAAAGUUUAUAGGGUCUCUAAAACUGUUUGUAGCAUCAUAGACUUAUGGAGUUAAGGCUAUUUUUAUGAGUGCGCCACUCGCCUUUGUGUCUCCCCCUCCCCUAUUUUAUUCUACAUGGGCGAGAAUUAAUUAAUGAGUCAGGAGGAAAGUACACACGGAGAGAGAGAGAGAAUUUAUUUAUAGGAUGUGGAAGAUCUACCGGUAUCCAUCCGGUGUUGGAUGUGUUAUGUGCUGAGGAUUUCCCAGCGUAGAACUACGCAAGUCUUGUAUUGUUAUUAACUGUCCUGAUGGGGAUCAUUCUAUGUGUGUCCUAAUUAGAAGUCAAGCAAAAUUAAGUCGUGGGUGGGGAUGGAGGGGCUUUUAGCGUGCGAUUUUGGCUCAUAAUGAGGGGCCAUGAGGUGGAAAGAAGGGCUGCAAAUUUAUCUCUCUCUCUCUCCCUGCAUUACAGUACCACCUCCUUUUAAGGAUUCCUCCUGUAUCACCUUUUUGAAGCUUCCGUGUGUCGAGGACUUUAAAAGGCCGAGAGAGAGAGAGCAUAAAUAUCUCACGCAAUUUUGCUUUUGAAUUUAAAUAUUUAUUUAUGCAGAGAAUUUUCUUCCCUUCUUUACCAAACAAUUUUAAUUUAGAGGCAUUCAACGUUUUGCAUUUUAAUGGAAGCGAAAAUGUGAUAUAUAUAUAUUUUGACUUGCUAUUCAAAUUUAUAUCGUACACACCUACAUCUCUUAAACCAUCCCCCAUCCCCCCCCAAAGCGCUGGGACAGAUGUGGAUGGAGGAGCUUUCGGGAAUUUCAUGAAAGAAAGUGCCAAAAUAUAUUUUUUUCGCAUAACAUCGAAUAUUAUCCCCAAAAAUCUUCCCUCUCUCUGCGUGAUGCCUCCAUCCCCCCUCCCACCCUUUCAAAGGGAAAAUUUUUGCAUGAGGGGUGAAGUGAAAAAUAUAAAAGUUAGUAGGGCCAACGGAAGUUCCUCUCACUUAAAUACUUUUUCUCAUUCUCACAGAAUGACUAAAACGUGGGCAAAACUAUUUUAUAAAAUAACUUUCCGCAGGAUUCUCUCCCAUUAUCGCAUAGAGGAGAAACUCUUUUAAUACACAAAAAGCGACGACCACCUCUCAUGCACAACUUUUCCAUCCACCCGCGCACUUGAAAUAGUUUAACGUGAAAUAAAAGCUAAGCAAAAAAAAUAGAGGAAGUUAAUAAAUGAGGAAAAGAAAUUCGUGGAAUUCUUUUUAAAUGUCUGUGAUAAAAUUUUCAAAUUUUACAAAUUUAUGUUAAAACAAAAAAAUAACUUGACAAAGUAUUUCUCUAAAUGUAAGAAAAAGUUUAAUUAAUAAUAAAUGAAAAAUAAAACAUGAAUUGAAAUCAUUUAAAGUACAUAGUAGAACAUAAUUAUAUAAUAAUUAUAAUAAAAUAAAAUCAAUGUAUUAAUCUUAGAGGGACAGAGAGAAAACUUAUUGAGAAAUUAUUGUAAGAAAAAAAAUCUACGCAAAUUAAUGUUUUUAUUCAGACAAUUUCACCUACAAGAGAUCUAUUUGAGAAGUUAUGAUGAAUGAGAUGAAUUAUUGUGUAUUAUGUAUAGAAAAUUUCAGGAAAUAAAAAAAAUAUUUCUCAAAUUAA